GCGGGCGCUGGCGGCGGCGGCAGCGGCGGCGCUGCGGGAGGCCGUGGGCUUCCCUGGGGCCAGGCGAGGGCGGGGUUGGAGGCGCAGCCUCCGCUCCGUGGGAGCUCUCAACAGGAAGUAAGUGGAGUUUUCAUCAUCCAUGGAUAAGGAAACCGAAGCUCAGCAGGACUGAUUAUGUGAUUUGCCCAAGGCCACGUGCUAGCUCAGCUGCCUCUGUAUCUUCCCAGAUUCUUCACGUCUGACCACAUUUUCCCGUCACAGGCUUGAUAUCUAACCAUGCAGCGGAGGUCAAGAGGAAUUAGCACUGGGCUGCUCCUGCUCUUUUCUCAAAUCUUCCGCGUUGGGAUCAACAAUAUUCCACCUGUCACCCUAACAACUUUGGCUCUCAACAUCUGGUUCUUCUUGAAUCCUCUGAAGCCGCUGCUUAGCUCCUGCCUUAGCGUGGAGAAGUGUUACCAGCAAAAAGACUGGCAGCGCUUACUGCUUUCCCCGAUUCACCACGUGGAUGAUUGGCACUUGUAUUUCAAUAUGACAUCCAUGCUCUGGAAAGGAAUUCAUCUGGAAAGAAGACUAGGAAGUAAAUGGUUUGCCUACGUCAUCACCACAUUCUCCAUACUCACUGGGGUGGUGUACCUGCUCCUGGAAUUUGCUCUGGCAGAAUUUAUGGAUGACCCUGACUUCAGAAGGGACUGUGCUGUAGGUUUCUCAGGAGUUUUGUUUGCUUUGAAAGUUCUUAACAACCGUUAUUGCCCUGGAGGCUUUGUCAACGUUUUGGGCUUUCCAGUACCCAGCAAAUUUGCUUGUUGGGCAGAACUUUUGGCUAUUCAUUUCGUCUCGACAGGGACUUCCUUCGCCGGGCAUCUGGCCGGGAUCCUUGUUGGACUAAUGUACACCUGCGGACCUCUGAAGAAGAUCAUGGAAAUGUGCUCAGGCGUUUUUCCCUCCAAUAUUGAUUACCCAGGACAGCAGUACUACUUUAAUAGUUUUGGCUACUCUGGAUAUCAGGAUUAUUACCCACGUGGCAGGCCAGGUUACCCUGAAGAAGUACCCAGGAACUUUGACGCGUAUACAGCGGGACUGAGUGAAGAGGAACAGCUGGAGAGAGCGCUAAGAGCCAGCCUCCGGGACCAAGAUAACAGAAAUCGCAGAAAUAGCCCCCCGGCCUAUCGGUUCCAUCUCACACCAGAAGAAGUAAUGAGGAGAAAGCGGCUUCACAGGUUCGACGGCCAGUGAGGUGACCCAGCCGUGUGAACAAGUGUGAUCCAGCUGUGUUAUCAUUGCCUCCAAGCCCCCACUUAGUUUUGAACAAAAGCAGAGGGCACUGUGCCCGUCCCAAUUGCUCACAUCUGCCGUGGCCCUUCGUCCUAUGGCCUCUGUGAGUCUAAUUUGCAAGCAGAUUGACAUCUUGAGACCAGGCUUGUUGGAUGCAGCUCACAGCUCUCUGGGAGUGGCCCACCUCCUGGCCUUGUCUUCUUGCAGACAGAAAGUCAGCGUCUCCACCUAGGGACCAGUUUCCACACUCAUUUCUCUCACUGCUGACUCAGCCUUGUUUUGUCUUUGAAGACCGUGACCUUCGCCAAGAGGUUUGUGUUCACCAGCCCAGAAGGUCAGGCCCUCAUUCUGCUCAGUGCUCGACUUGGAAGGAAGCAGGGAGCCAUCCCUCAUCCUCCUGGCAUGUUGCCAUGGUGACUUUCCAGGAACAGGACGUGGCUACCAUCGCAGGCUGUCGUUCCGGUCUCCCUUGCCCAAGCGCCUUGGCUCCUUGGGCCCCCCAUAUCUGGAUGGUGGUUGCAGUGAACCUGCUUUGCUAUGCUAUCACUCUGCCUUCACGGGAUGUGUAACUGGAAAAGCUUAAGUAAGACCUCAGAUGGGAAACCACUUACACACUCCAUGACACAGCAGGCGGCAUCCACAGUUGGGCUCCCAGCAGCCUCUCCAGUGGCGAUGUACCAUCCCGGAGAUGCAGCUUGAAUUGAACUAACCAGCAGAGCAGCCAGAGUAGUGACCAGUGGGUUGGUCACUGAGAAAUCCCUCGUGACGAAGUACUUUUUUCUCAUAAAAGUGCCUUUUAAUUGACCACUGUUAACAGCCGCUUGUCCUACUCACCCGUCCAAGACACUCCCCAAACCCACAGACUGCAAGUCACUUAAGGUGUUUCCUGGUGCUUGUGUUUCAUGAAUAAAAGGAAAAAGUCACAUAUCA